AUGCUUGCGCAAGAGAAGCAAACUCGCGCCCUCUAUGCCAUCAAGGCGCUCAAGAAGGACGCCAUCAUUCGACACGAUGAUGUUGAUAGUGUCAAACUCGAGCGCAAGAUCUUCCAAAUUUCCUCGAUGAAACAUCACCCCUUCCUGGUCAACCUGCACUCGUGCUUCCAGACCACAAACCGCCUGUAUUUCGUCAUGGAGUACAUGCCCGGUGCCGACAUGAUGUCGCAACUCCAGAUGCAAAAGGACAAGCGCUUCAACGCCGACCAGACGCGCUUCUACGCCUCCGAAACCCUUCUGGCGCUUGAGUACUUCCACUCGCAGGGCAUCAUCCAUCGCGACCUCAAGCUCGAAAACAUCCUUAUGGGCUCCGAUGGCCACAUCAAGCUGGCCGACUAUGGUGUCUGCAAGGACGGCAUGAACUACGGCAACACCACCAACACCUACGCCGGCACGCCUGACUACAUGGCCCCCGAGAUCCUGAUGAAGAAGCGCGGCUACAGCCGCUCCGUGGACUGGUGGAGCUUUGGUGUCCUGGUCUAUGUUAUGCUCGUGGGUCGUUAUCCCUUCCACGGACGCGAUGCACACGAUAUCCUGCGCAACAUUACAGCGGGCAACUUGGACAUCAACUCGCGGCUCGGCAGCGACUCUGCGAGCCUGAUUAAAGCGCUUUUGACCGUCGAUCCAAAGAAGCGCUUGGGUGGCAGCCGCGAAGGCGCAGCGGACAUCAAGCGACACGCCUUCUUCAACAAAAUGGACUGGGAUGCGCUCCUGGCCAAGAAGAUUGCGCCUCCGAUCAAGCCCCAGAUCGUACGUAUUGGUGGAGGGGAGCGAAGGGUGCAUGGGUGGAUCCAGCGGACUUGCGGAGGGAAUGUUGACGAUCGAGUCUGGCGGCGGAGGCGAUAUCCCCACCCCUUCCCGCUGUCCAUGUCGCUGUUGGACUGGGGUUUCGAUGAUACGGACGACGCGCUCGUGGCUGUGACACUCUGGCAUUGGCAUUGCGACUCAUUACCGUGGCGCUUGCAUGCUUCCUUCCACAGGCCUCGGCGACCGACGUUUCCAACUUUGAGACGGAGUUCACCAACGAGCGGCCGAUCCUGA